UACUAAGUGUCAAUAAUGAAGUGUAUUGCAAGCAUUGAAAUGUCAAAUUGACUCAAAUAAUAUUUUUGGGUUACAAGCAAAAUUCCAGUUAACAUACCACAUCUUCUAUGGUGAUACUCUAAGUAUAUAUUAGAAAAACUGACGAAAUGACUACCGGGGAUAAUCUCACCGCUGUUCUAUAUAAAAUCAACGACAUACGAUUAGAGCAAAGACCCAUACCCGAACCAAAGUGCAAUCAAGUCCUUCUACAGAUGGAAGUUGUCGGGAUAUGUGGCUCCGACGUGCAUUACUACGAACACGGUAAAGUCGGACCCUUCGUCGUAGAGAACCCCAUGGUGAUCGGCCACGAAGCUUCCGGAACCGUAGUUAAAUGUGGCGAGAACGUGAAGACUCUCAAACCAGGAGACAGAGUCGCUAUAGAACCCGGUGUCCCCUGCCGCCAGUGUUAUCUCUGCAAAAUUGGAAAGUACCAUCUAUGCCCUGACAUGACAUUCUGCGCCACUCCCCCAAUUGACGGAAACCUCAGCAGGUUUUACUGCCAGGAUGAAGACUUUUGUUUCAAACUCCCUUGCAAUAUGGAUUUGGAAGAAGGCACGCUCAUGGAGCCUCUUGCGGUGGGCGUACACGCUUGUAAGCAGGCUGAGGUGAAGAUAGGUGAUGUGUGCUUGAUUUUUGGGUCGGGGCCCAUUGGGCUCUCGACUCUAGUGACAGCCAAAGCUAUGGGAGCCUCCAAAGUCAUGAUUCUAGAUGUUCGCGAGGAAAGACUGCAGCUGGCCAAGCAGAUGGGAGCUGACUCUACGCUCAAAGUGGACACCGGCAUGUCCGAGGAUUCCAUCAGCGAUAAAAUCAAGCAAUGCCUUGGUGAUGAACCUCACGCUUGCUUCGACUGUACUGGCAAUCAAAUGUGUUGCCGCAUCGCGCUAAAUGUUGCUAGAGCUGGCGGUGUAGUAGUUAUUGUCGGUAUGGGCGAGACGGAAAUGACUCUACCACUAACAGCAGCGAUGUUCAAAGAGGUUAAGCUCAAGGGAUCUUUCAGGUACGCGAACGACUAUCAGCAAGCGAUAGAGAUGGUGAGAACAGGCAGGGUGAAUGUGAAACCGCUUAUCACACAUCAUUUUCGGUUGGAAGAUACCGUGAAAGCGUUUGAAACUGCCAGAGAUCGCAUCGGAAACCCUGUUAAAAUCAUGAUUCACGCAAAUCCGAAGUGGACUCAAUAGAAGAGGAUAUACUUUUGAGUGUAUCUGUUUUUCACACAGUGGAAGAAAAUUGAAAUAUUCUGAAUGUGAAUUUAUUUUGAAAUGUAGAUUAACUUAUUAUAUACUUUUUGGGGA